CACUCCUCACACACGCUAUCUCUCCCCUCUUCCCUCUCUUCCCUCUCCGUAGAACCCUAGCCGCUCCCUCCCUUCCGUCUUUCCAUGUCGCUGUCGCCUCCAUCUCUCCCUCCUGUCGCAGCCGUCGCCCCCUCCGCCUCCCACCACUGCCGCGCCAUCCCGCUCUCCCCAUCACAGCCCCGUCACCUCCCUCCACCCUCUGUCGUUGCCAUAUCUCUCCCGUCGUCUCCUCCUCAGCUGUCGCCCUCAUCUACUGUCGUCGCCUCCGCAGAGAUCGCCAGAGCAAGUCUGAUUGGAGGAUUUCACCGGGAACAAGUCUGCCGGUCGGAGAAAGUUUGGCGAUCGAAGCGCAAGAGGCUACUGGAAAAUUGUAGGAUUUAAAUUUUUAAAAAAAUGUAUUUAAUAUGGGUUUUUAAUUCUCAUUGUGUAAUUAAUACAAAAAAAUAAUUAAUAAAUUUUAUUUUUUUGUCAUACCCAAAUUGCCCUUGGAUGUAAACUCACAUCCCUCGGGGGAAGUGAUGUAUCUCAUCCCCACCACCAUAUCCCAUAGGGGUGGGCAACCGGUUCGGUAAACCCGAACCAAACCGAAACCGAAUUAAACCGAACCAAAACCAAAAUAAUGUUAUUCGGUUCAG